ACCAAUGAGAGUCUACCAUAUCGCAUAGUCAGAAGGCUGCCGGUGCACGUCAACUAACCAACAAAGAUGAUUAUAAAGACCCUAUUGAUAUGUUUUGUUGUAGUUAUCACGUCUGCUUCCAUUCCAAGACCAAGAGGAGUAGCCGACUCAAAUGCAUCCCACUACCAGCCUAACAGUGAGAAUGUGUUUGCGUGCCUUGAUGGUUCUCAGACUUUCCCCUACACCUAUGUGAACGACGACUACUGUGAUUGUACCGAUGGAUCAGAUGAACCCGGUACAUCUGCAUGUCCAAAUGGCAAGUUCACAUGCACCAACGCUGGACACAGACCAUUGAUAGUUCCAGCGUCCAGGGUCAAUGAUGGUGUUUGUGACUGUUGUGAUGGGACAGAUGAAUACUCGGGAAACAUUGCUUGUGUUGACAGUUGCAAAGAACUGGGAAAGAAGCACAAGGAGGAAGUGGAGCGAAUCAUGAAACAACAGGAGGAGGGCAUGAAAAAGAAACAAGAAUUUGCAGAAGCUGGCAAGAAGAUGAAAGAAGAAAAGAAAGCUAGACUUGAGCAGUUACAGGGUGACAAGGAAGCGGCAGAGGCAGAACGCCAGGAAAUGGAAAUCAAGAAAAAUGAAGCUGAAGUCCCCGAGAAAGAAGCCAAAGAUAAACAUCAAGCCGCUUGGGAUGAAGAUAAAGCGCGCAGGACAGCAGAGAAGGAUUUAGUCACAGCCUCCGCAGCCUUCCAAGAGCUGGACUCCAACAAUGACAACUUUGUUGAUGUACUGGAGAUGGUCAUCCACAACGAGUUUGAUAUUGACUCCAACGGUGUGGUCAGUGAAGAAGAAGUAAAGGAACAUCUUGAGGAGGCCGAUAAAGUAGACGAGGACACAUUUGUUACAAAGAUCUGGCCCAACAUCAAACAGAUCUACAAGUCCUUGGUUCCAGAACCAGCUGAAGCUGAUGGGCAGGCUGCACCUCCUGCAGAGCCCCAGGGGGAGACAGCCCCUCCCCCCGGGGAGGAAACAAAGGACUCUCCCAACUCCCUUCCUCCCCCUCCUCUGGACCCUGAGGAUGAUUAUGAGGAAGAUGAGGAGGAGGAGGGAGAGGAUGAUGAGGAGGAGGAUGACUUGGAUGGUAGGGAUGAUUAUCAUGAUCCUGGUCCUAGCACUGCUGCUCCGGUGAUGUCAAUCACAGGGGCUGGUACUCUGGCCACACUUGCCCCCACUACUAACGAGAUACAGGAUCCUUUAGUGAAAGCAGCCAUUGCGAAGGCAAUGGUUUCUGUACAGGAAAACCUAUCCCAGAAUGAGACAGAGGAGGAGGGGGAGGAUAAGAUGCCUGCCUAUGACGAGGAGACCCAAGUACUGAUAGAAGCUGCUGAUGCUGCUAGGAACGCUUUUAAUGCUGCCGAUGAGAAACUUCAAUCCAUUAACAGAGAAAUAACGUCACUGCAGAGUUACAUGAACCUCGACUUCGGCAACGAUGAGGAGUUUUCGGAAUUGAAGGAUAAGUGCUUUGAGUAUACUGACAGAGAGUAUACCUACAAGUUGUGCACGUACGAACGGGCAUCUCAGCGACCAAAGGCUGGGGGCACAGAGACAAGUCUGGGUAACUGGGGAAGGUGGAGUGGUCCAGACAAUGACCGUUAUUCCUCUCAGCUUUAUGAGCGUGGACAGAAUUGUUGGAAUGGUCCUGACCGUUCUGUAAAGGUCCAUUUUAAAUGUGGUCCAGAAAACCAACUCAUCAAUGCCUAUGAACCAAGCCGUUGUGAAUAUGCAUUUGACUUUGUUACUCCAGUCAGCUGUUCAGGGAGAUUAUCACCAAUGGAAACGCGUUCUCACGACGAACUCUAACCUCUAGCCUUCUUCUAAUUUAUGUUUUCAAAGUAUCUUAUAAUUAAAAUUUCAGUAAACCUUUUAUACAAAUUUAAUGUUUGACAAGUGGACUCUGUUAUCACACUGAUUGUAAAUGUGCUUACAUUUUGUACUUUGGAAUAUAUGAAAUCUUAUUGUGUUACCUGUUGAGAAAAUUCCUGCUAGGAUAUGCUAAAGGUUUUUACAUCAGAAUGAAAAUAAAGGAAGGGACUUCGAAAUAUCUUUUGAUAUUAAGUGCUAUAAUGUGUUAUCGACAUCAGUUGUUGUUGUAGUGCUAUUUAGAUUGUACAAUUUCUAUUUCAAUCACAUAUUUCUUUACAUCUGUAAUAAAUCCUGUCAUCAA